GGCUUCUGUAUCUAUUGUCCCUGCCAUUUCUUCUUCUACUAAAACAGAAAACUAAUCUUCCUUUGCUUCUUGGAGAUAAGAAGGAAAUCCGAAAUCAUAAUUCAGCAAAUCCCAACUGGCUUUUCUUUCAUAAUCACAGAGAGAGAGAGAGAUAGAGAAUGUUGGAAGGCAAAGCUUUGAUACAAGACACAGACAUGCCAGUGAAGAUGCAGAUUCAAGCCACGGCUUCUGCUUCUCAAGCUCUGGAUCUCUAUGAUGUCUUUGAUUGCAGAUCCAUAUCUGCCCACAUUAAAAAGGAGUUUGAUAAGAGAUAUGGAUGUGGUUGGCAAUGUGUGGUGGGUUCCAAUUUUGGGUGCUUCUUCACACAUUCCAAAGGCACUUUCAUCUACUUCACUCUUGAAACUCUCAGUUUCCUUAUCUUUAGAGGGGUUUCUUCUUCUUCUUCCUGAUCUUAGUCAAGACAUGGUUUGGUAGAAAUGAACAAUUAAGUACUUGAGGAAGGCAUAGAAUGAGCCCGCAAAGCAUGUAAAUUUUCCUUUUCCUUUUUACCCUGAACUGGAGGAACUGGGUUUGUUUAGAAGUACCCAGAUGCCCAGCUUUGUAGUGCUUUUUCUAUGUAAUGGAUAGCUCAGCUUAGCACUUUACUCAAUCUUAGGGUCUGUUUGUUUGGAAGGGAAUGUUAUUUCUGUGACAUUUUCUAUUUUUCUGAGCUUGAAGGAAAGUAGACGAUAGACCCAAAACAGAGGAGGACUUUGUUUUUGCUUUGUCAUUUUUCACUGGUUUGAGUUUAUCUUUUUCCUUUCUGAUAAGAUGGUUUGCAUUUAUCUUGAUGAUGUCAAGCUUUUAUUCAAA